AUGGAACCUGACCUGAAGAUGAAGGAGGAUCCGCAGCUAGUCGAGGCGAAUGUCCAAGACGGCCAAAUCGAUAGUGCGGAGGGCCUGCAACGUCGACUCGAAAACCGACAUGUUCAACUGAUCGCCAUUGGAGGCUCCAUUGGGACGGCGCUGUUCGUCACCAUCGGCAAUGGCCUCGCCGCAGGUGGCCCGGCCAGUCUGCUGAUUGCGUACGUCCUGUACUGUGGGGUGCUUGCUUGUAUCAACAAUUGUCUCUCGGAAAUGAUUGUCCUCCAUCCGGUGUCCGGUGGCUUCAUCCGUAUCGCGGGCAAGUGGGUCGACGACGCUCUCGGCUUCAUGGUCGGCUGGAAUUUCUUUCUCUACGAAGCUCUCAUGAUCCCCUUCGAGAUCACCGCCAUCAACCUGAUCCUUGGCUACUGGAGAGACGACAUUCCGGUCGCCGCAGUGUGUGUGGCGUGUAUAGUCCUUUUUGCGUAUGACCCCAGAGCAACGAUCCCUUUCCAGCCCGGCCUUUCCAUACUUCCCCAAAGCGAUGUUGUAACUGCCAUCAAUGCUCUCGCCGUCGCGGCGUACGGGGAGGCUGAGUUCUGGCUCUCCUCCGGGAAGGUCAUCCUGAUCUUCCUGCUCUUUUUCUUUACCUUCAUUACCAUGGUUGGCGGCAACCCAGCUCACGAUGUAUACGGGUUUCGCUAUUGGAACGAUCCCGGCCCGUUUGCCGCCUAUCGCACGGCUGGUAACCUCGGUCGAUUUGAGGGUUUCCUGGCCGCUGUCUGGUCUGCUGCGUUCUGCAUUGUUGGGCCCGAAUAUAUCGCGAUGGCCGCUGCCGAGUCCAAACGCCCCCGGAUCUUUGUCAAGGCUGCCUUUAAGACCAUUUACUGGCGGUUUAUCUUAUUCUUUGCCAUGGGUGCCCUCUGUGUCGGCAUCGUCAUUCCGUGGAACGACCCGACGCUGCAGGCCAUCCUUGCCGGAGAGAGUAAUGAGAAAGGAGGUGGUGCGUCUCCCUAUGUCAUCGCAAUGUCGAAUAUGCAGGUCCACAUCCUGCCGGACAUCGUCAAUGCCCUACUCAUCACGUCCGUCUUCUCGGCGGGCAACACCCUCACCUACUGCGCCACUCGGUCCCUCUACGGCCUGGCCCUCGACGGUCGAGCACCGAAAAUCUUGAGCAAGACGAAGAACGGCGUCCCCCUCUACGCCUUUCUUGUCGUUAUGUGUUUUCCGUUCCUGUCUUUCCUACAGCUCUCCGACAAUUCGUCCCAAGUCUUGACGUGGUUAGUCAACUUGGUUACGGCCGGUGCCCUCAUUGACUAUCUGGUCAUCUGUAUCACGUACAUCCAAUUCCACCGGGCCUGCAAAGCGCAAGGCAUCGACCGAAAGAACUUUCCGUACUACGGCUACUUCCAGCCCUACUGCUCCUACCUCGGUGCGGUGUGCAUGGUCCUGGUCUUGCUCUUCUACGGGUAUACCGCAUUCGCGCCGUGGAGUGUGGAGACCUUCUUCCAGAAUUACACCAUGCAGAUCCUUGCGCCCAUUUUGUAUUUCGGAUGGAAGUUCGCUCACCGGACGAAGAUCCUCAAGCCGCAGGAAGUCGAUUUGGUUUGGGACCGACCGAUCGUGGACUCCUACGAGGCUACCUUCACCAGUCCUGCGCCAGGGUUCUGGGCCGAAAUGAUUCAAAUGUUCCGGUUCAAACGACGGCAGCCAGAGCCGGUCGAUGUUUAG